AGACGCCCUCCCCCCGUCUCCCCGCUCGCUUCUUGCAGCCGCAUGGCAUUUGCAUCAAGUAAUCUGCGGCCGUAGCCGCCGGCUCAGUCGGCGGGGAGAUGCACGUUUUGCUUCCGCCGCUGGUCUCUCUUCUUUGUCUACCUGUCUUCUACAAACACACCACAUCCCUACGUCCAACGCCAUGCCACCCUCGAUGCGAAGAAACGUCCCGGAUGUUAUAUCCCCUGAGUCCCCGCGGUCCUUCAAAUGCCGCCGCCUUGCCUGCCACAUGUGCUGUGGACGCAUCGUGGCGACAGCUUCUUCAUCCCUUGUGCUCCCCUUGCUCUCGGUGGAGUCUCAAGCCACCUCAAGGCGAGGAAUGGGGAUUGGAUCGACAGCCUCGUAUCUGUAUCCGUACAUGCGCCAGCCUUGGUAACUGCUGCGCAGUGACGGCAAAUGAAGCACCCGUGAUGCGCGCCAAACGAGGCCGUCACAAGCGAGCCCUCAACUCCUGCGAGGACCAAAAUUGCCUGGGAACAUUCCGUGUCUUCCCCUCGCGCAUACGACGAGGCGGUGAAGAAACGAGUGAACCUCUUCAUGGUGGUUGAUAGCGUGCAUUGCAGUAGUAUACCCAGGAUUUAUUGAUGCAGCCCUUUGUGCAUUGCAUUCUUGUCCUGCGGUUGACUUCUGGGUGCUGGUUGCGCUGUAAGUCUUUUCACCCCACUGCAGGUAAAAGCAAACACGGAAAAGAGACAAAUGCAAUUUGGACCAUCACACCCCCUCCCCCCCCCCUCCCCCAUGCGCAGAUGGAUGGAUGGAGGAGAGACGGGCAGAGACGGGGGGCUUCUAGAAGACCUGCUCCCAGAUGCACACCCGCCUCGAGGACCCCCACCCACUUAGCAAUCCAAUCUCGUAAGUUUCGCUCGGAAUAGAAUUAUUGUUUCUUCCCUAGCCCUGCAGGGU